GGGAGUUGGAGUUUGGGAGCAGUUCCGGGUAGGGGAGUUGCCUUUCCUCCCCAACCGACUCUCUAACUUGGCAGCGCUGAACUACAAGUCCCAGGGUCCCUUGCGGCCGCCGUAGUCAAGUGGCCGGUGGAAUUGGCCCAGGAUGACAGCUGGAGAAUGGAGUCAGUUUUAUCCAAGUAUGAAAACCAGAUUCCUAUCUUCACUGACUACCUAGAAGAAUUUCCAGAUACAGAUGAACUGGUAUGGAUCUUAGGGAAGCAGCAUCUCCUUAAAACGGAAAGAUCUAAGCUGUUGUCGGAUAUAAGUGCUCGUCUGUGGUUUACAUACAGAAGGAAAUUUUCACCAAUUGGAGGAACUGGCCCUUCAUCAGAUGCUGGCUGGGGAUGUAUGCUACGCUGUGGACAGAUGAUGUUAGCUCAAGCCCUUAUCUGCAGACACUUGGGAAGGGACUGGAACUGGGAGAAACAAAAAGAACAACCCAAAGAAUACCAACAGAUCCUCCAGUGCUUCUUAGAUAGAAAAGACUGUUGCUACUCUAUCCAUCAAAUGGCACAAAUGGGUGUAGGAGAAGGAAAAUCAAUUGGUGAAUGGUUUGGACCAAAUACAGUUGCACAGGUGUUAAAAAAACUUGCUUUAUUUGACGAUUGGAAUUCCUUGGCUGUUUAUGUUUCAAUGGAUAACACAGUGGUCAUCGAAGAUAUCAAAAAAAUGUGCUGUGUCUUUCCCUCGAGUGCUGCCACAGCCAGUGAAAUCCUCCCAGAUGUUCCAAGUGCUUCCAGCCAGAGUAAGAGCACCUCUGCAUGCUGCCCAGUCUGGAAACCCCUGCUGCUCAUUGUGCCCCUUCGCCUGGGCAUAAACCAAAUCAACCCAGUCUAUGUUGAUGCAUUCAAAGAGUGUUUUAAGAUGCCACAGUCUUUAGGGGCAUUAGGAGGAAAGCCAAAUAACGCCUAUUAUUUCAUAGGAUUCUUAGGUGAUGAACUCAUCUUCUUGGACCCUCACACAACCCAGACCUUUGUUGACACUGAGGAGAAUGGAAUGGUUGAUGAUCAGACUUUCCAUUGCCUGCAGUCCCCACAGAGAAUGAACAUCCUGAACUUGGAUCCUUCUGUAGCAUUGGGAUUUUUCUGCAAAGAAGAAAAAGACUUUGAUAACUGGUGUAGCCUUGUUCAGAAGGAAAUUCUAAAGGAGAAUUUAAGGAUGUUUGAAUUAGUUCAGAAACAUCCAUCACAUUGGCCUCCCUUUGUACCUCCAGCCAAGCCAGAAGUGACAACCACUGGGGCAGAAUUCAUUGAUUCUACUGAACAACUAGAGGAGUUUGACCUGGAGGAAGAUUUUGAGAUUUUGAGUGUCUAGAAUAGUGGGAACUCAACUUGGAGAUCUGUCUUCCAUCUGGCACCGUAUGAACAUUAACUUUACAUAAAACUUUUCCAGUCAGCAAGUGCCUGAUAUGCCAACAGCAUACAAACUCAAUAGCAACCAUGACUGAGCCAAUCACUGUUUCAGAAAAGAAAAGAACCCAAAAUAAACAAAGAAACAAACUUCCCCUGGAAAGAAAUGCAACAAUCUUGGAACCCAGGAGCAGAGAAAUUAGGAGCAGCCCAUUGCUUCUCUGCUUGUCUUACAUGGCUACAAUAAGUCUUCAGUAACUGAAAGUAGGAGAUGGACAUCUGAAAUGGACAGCAGUUCUCAUCUUGCUUCAACCACCAGCAGAUGAGAGAUGAUUACUCUGUUUUCGUCCCACUUUCAGGUGUGACUUCUUUUAAGCUAAAUACUAAGAUGCAAUCUGUUCUCUUGCUCUAAUAAUAAAGUAACUGAAUCAGGGAGAAAAAAAAAAUUCUUGUUAAGUUAUUUGAAUAUCAAUUUUAAAUAACUACAAUGUCUAUCAAAGAGUUUGUCAAAGAAAUGAUGUCAAAUGUAUACUACUUGAUCUCCUUCCUAUUUGGAGGAACCUUAUUAAUUGAUGGGUCACUGUUACCAUCCUUUCUGAACCUUUUGUCAGAUGUCACUGUCCUUAAAUCAUGAUCACUUAAAUCAGAGGACAACAAACUUUUUCUGUAAAGGGCCAGAUAGUGUGUAUUUUAGCCCUUGUGGCUUCUUUCACAACUACUCAACUCUGAUGUUGUAGUGUGAAAGCAGCCAGAGACAAUAUGUAAAUAAUUGGGUGUGGCUUUAAUCCAAUAAAACUACAUUUACAAAAAGAAGUGGUGGGCUGGGUUGGGCCUCUGUUUAUACAUUACCAAUCACUGACUUAGAUUGUUGAUUUUUUUUUUUGUUUGAGAAAUUAAAAAUAAAUGGUGUUUGAAUUAUAC